AUGCCCUCGAAGGGGAAAAAAAGAAAAGGCAAGGGAAAAAGCAAAGACAAGAAGGCAAUAAAACCAGAUGAAUUUGUGAUGGACAGAGCCAAGGCCAAUGCCUCCCUUUGGGAGGCCAGGUUGGAAGUCACAGAACUGUCCAGGAUUGAGUAUCGUGAUACUUCCCAGAGAUUGGCAAAAUGCAAUGAGGACUUAAAGAAGCAGCAGUAUAAAAUGGAGAGAGACACAAUGUCUGUAUUAAACUACCUGAAGAAACAGGAUCAGGAGAAAGAUAAUAUGAUUGAAAAACUGAAACAGCAAUUGAUUGAAACACAGGAAAAAGCCCAAGAGGAGAAGGAGAAAUUGGAACAAAAGUACACUGUGCAAAUAAGUGAACUAGAGGUACAGUUCCAUCAAAAAGCCAAGGAAAUUGGCAUGAUUCAGACAGAACUGAAAACAGUAAGACAAUUCCAGAAGAGAAAAAUCCAAGUGGAGAAAGAAUUAGAUGAUCUAAAAGAGAAUCUAAGGGACACAGAACGGAAGUAUCAGGAAACUCUUAGAAGAUUAGAAAGCAGGUUUUUGGAAGAAAAGACUCGACUAGAAAAAGAAGCAGAAAAGAAGAUAAUAAUGUUGGCAGAGAGAGCCCACCAUGAAGCUGUUGUGCAACUGAAUAAUGCUGGAAAAAAUGUUUUUAAAGAGAAUGUUUAUCUCCAGAAAGCUCUUGCAUAUCAUAUGAAAGAGGCUGAAGAUCUACAAAAAAACUCCCAGAAGUUGCAAGAGACUCAUAGUGUCCUUUUACAUCAAAAGGAGAUCAAUGACUUGUUGGUUAAGGAAAAAAUUAUUCAACUUAACCAACAGAAAUCACAAAUACAAACUCUUCAGAAAAAAGUGAUAAGCUUAGAGACUGCCCUGACUUGUAUGACCAGAGAGUUUGAGGCUGAAGUUUUAAAACUGCAGCAACAGGCAAUGAUAGAGAAUCAAGCAGGCCAGGUAGAAAUGGACAAGCUGCAGCAACUUCUUCAGAUGAAGGAUAGGGAAAUGAAUCGAGUAAAGAAGCUGGCCAAGAACAUCCUGGAUGAGAGAACGGAGGUGGAAAAGUUCUUUUUGGAUGCUCUCCAUCAAGUGAAGCAACAGAUCAUACUUAGCAGGAAACAUUAUAAGCAGAUAGCACAAACUGCUUUCAACUUAAAAAUGAGAGCAGCAUGUGCAGGAAAAACAGAAUAUCCAAAAAUCCGUACAUUUGAUGGCAGAGAGCAUAGCACCAACAGUGUGAAUCAGGAUCUUAUGGAAGCUGAGCAAUGGAUAAACAUUCAAGGAAAUAUAGAUAUUGGAGAUUUGACCUGGGAGCAGAAGGAAAAAGUGUUGAGAUUGCUCUUCGCAAAAAUGAAUGGUUUCAUUCCUAGGAAAUACAGCCUGAGUUCUAGGCCUCCGGUUCCAGACUAUAUUGUUUACGACAAUGGAGAAACAAAGGAAUUUGGGGAUGAAAGUAAGCUUCAAGAUCAAACCUUUAUCACCCAGCAAGUCCCAAUCUCAGACUCUGCUGAACUGGUGCCACCCGGUAUUCAGAAAGGACCACAAAAGCCUGACAUGUGUGGAAAACAUUUAGACUGCCGUUUGAAAUAA